UGGGGUGCAUGGAUGGUGGUCGAGUUAACAGCACAGCUUAACUGGGCAAAUGUGUAGACAAUUUUUUGUAUCUGUUUUCAAGAUUCCCAUCAGUCGUUUGUGAAUGUGUUAAGGCAGUUUUUCGUUUGGGCCGAAUACCGUAGAACCCACAAAACUACAACGCAACCGGCUGUGUGAAAUACCGAAGCAGCUGGAACCCUUUGGACAUAUCCACGCCAGUCAGUCACCAGUGCUAUUUGACGGAGAAUCACCUGUGCGUGGUACGGUGUUGUUUUUUUUUGUGUGACAGGUGGAUGCUGUAUUGCAAAGGGGCAAAUAAAAAUCGACACAUCUCACAACCGUCAGCUGUGCUGUGUGUAAUCAUAUUUGAAAGCAUCGCCGGUGGGUAAAAGUGAAGCCAUCAUCGGCCAUUGACACAUAAAUCAUAUCAGCAGGUCGGACAACAGUGAAGAUCGAAACCGGAUUACCAUUACGCAGAAGCUAGGCAGCAAACCAUCACAAGGCUCAGAUAUGAAGCAAAUUGCCGUUGAGACGGAAGAUCCACUUAAACGGAUACAGGAAGAGAUCAACGAAGUGGCACGACGUGAACAGGAACUACGGCAGUCUCAGCGCUUGACCGACUCGAACGAUGACUGCCUAUCGUCGGCCAACUCGGACGAUUCGGGACUUUCGCUGUCGCCCAGCCCGGUCCAUUCGCCGUCGGUGUCCAAUCUGAAAGACAAAAUCGAGGCUCGUAACAAUGGGACGCCGCCAAUCAGCACUAGUAACGGUCACCUGCGACACCAUCAGGCGACGAUGGCUAACGGAAAUCACCAGCACCAGCAGCAAUUCAUCGCGCCACAGUCGCCGUCACCAGUAGUCGCUCCAUCGGCGUCGCCUCCAUCGAAAGCGUUGACCCGUGCCCGUUCCACGCCACAGCUCUUCCAAAUUUCUCCCAGCAAUCGGCGCUUCAACGUUAAUCCGAAUCAACGCGGCAUAAUGCAGAAAUUCAUUGCCUCCCGGGGUCGGCUCAAUAAAAUGCAAUCGACGCCGACGACGACGCCCAAUGGUAGCGCCGGCGCCGCCAUCAACAAUAACGGAAUGGGGAGCAAUGGAAAUCUAAGCGUUUUCGGCACAGGCACCGGACAAAUCAACACCGAUUACGCUAUCAAACACGAACAGCACGUGUCUUCUAUCGAGUUGCGGCACUCAAAUUUGAUGAUUCCACCGACGGCUAUCAGCGCACCUCCCACAAUCGAGCGUGAUUCCAAUGGAAAACCUAUCCGCCGGGGCUAUGUUCCUGUCGAGGAAAAAAUUCAAAAAGAGCUCCGCGAUCUCAAAAGUCGAGAGAGCGAGUUGAAACGAUUGCGCAAACACAGGGUAGCGUCGCAAUCGGAUCUCCUGGAAUAUCAGGAUUGUAACAGCGAUUCCGGUGAAGAGUUGUCCGACGAAGGCCACGCUGAGGAUCACAUUUUCCCACUUUCAAGAAAACUUCGAUCAGCCAAAUCGAUCGGCGAGCUGUGUGACGCACUCACAAGUUCUAGUCUUUCGCCAAGAGAAACACCAUCGCCACAGUUCGAUAAUCGCUCGCGCAUCGGAGGAAUGCGUCCAGCCAUGUCGUUGGCCCAGUUAUGUGAUCUGGAUCCCGAAGAGGCUCCAUCUUCGCACAAACUUAUAGCUCAAUGGGAAAACAUCAUCCAGCAGAAGCAACAGCGAUGAUAAGUUAGUAAACUAAAUUUUACAAAAAAAAAUGACCAUUUGAAAAGAGAAACAAAUGGAAGUACUUGAAAAGGCUGUAUUUAUAGUAUCGUGAAUAUAUAAUAUAUUUUGGAAUGUAGGAUGAACGAAUUUGUAAACCGGAAUGGGACGCUGUUUUAUUUUUCUGUAUGCUUUUAAAGUUAUUUUCUUUAACUUUAACAUUUUUCAUUGAUUUUUCUGAGCUCAAACCGCCUUAAACUUUUUUCUUUAAUUUAUAUUCUUAUAUUCUAACAAGCCUUUAGAACUACCAUCAAUAUUCUGCUAGAAGGCGAUAUAGAAAGAAAUAAAACGUUUUAAAAUACUUCAUUCUUUAAGAUGCAGGAAUAUUAUACUACCUAGCAUAAAAGCUGAAUUAGAAAUGUGUAUAAUAUGUGUGAAAUAAACUGAAGGUUAAAACAUGUUGAGGAAUAAAUUUAGUAAAUAGUGUUAUUAAAAUAAAUUACCGUUUCAAAUA